AUGUCUGGUCCAGGAGCUGGUUUCGAAUAUCCCGCAGAGGAGGUUUCUUGGUUGACGAGAGAUGUUCUGCUCUUUGCUUACAGCAUUGGAUGUACUAACGACGAGCUGCAUUUCUUAUACGAAUUACAUCCCAACUUCGCCGUCUUUCCAACUUAUCCCGUCCUUCUCCCAUUCAAACGUACAACUCAAGAAGUAAUCGACUUCUACGCCGCCUCAUCCGCAACCCCCAUACCCGGUGUGCCGAAAUUUGACUACCGGCGUGUCCUCGAUGGCGGACGUUCAAUGACUUUCCUGAAAGUACUCCCGCCUACCUCCGCUGGCAAAACCUUCGAGCUCCGCUCGAAAGUUAUCGGUGUAUAUGACAAAGGAAAAUCGGGAACAGUCGUAGAAACACAGCAGGAGAUUGUGGACAAGAAGAGUGGAGAGGUUUAUACUAGGGCUGUUGGGAGUGCAUUCUUUGUUGGUCAGGGUAAUUGGAAUGGGCCCAAGGGUCCGGCGACUCAGAAUUUUCCUCCACCCGAGGGAAAGAAGCCAGAUGCUAUCAUGGAACAUCAGACAACCAAGGAGAGUGCCUUGCUGUAUAGAUUGAACGGUGAUUACAAUCCCCUACACGCAACGCUCGAGCCAGGGCAGAAGAUGGGAUUUGGAGGACCUAUCAUGCAUGGGCUUUCAUCAUGGAAUUUCACCGCUCAUGCGCUCCUGAAAGCUAUUGGUGGCAGUGACCCUAAGAACAUCAAAGAAUUUUCAUGUCGAUUUGCGUCACCUGUCAAACCAGGUGAUAAAUUAAUCAUCGAGAUUUGGAAAACCGGGGAAAUCAAAGAAGGGUGGGAAGAAAUUCGCUUCAUCACAAGAGUAGAAGGUGGAAAGGUAUGUUUGAGUAAUGGAAGGGCUUUGAUGAAGGCCGUAGGUGGCAGUGCAAGUGCCGAAGAUGGAAAGAUGCUAGAUCAGGGUAUGGCGAGUAUUAAGACAAAUUCUGGUUCGAAGACUGGUGGGGCUGCGAACUCUCCUGGAUCAUCGGCUAGGGAAGAAAGUAAGGCUCAAAAGAGCAAGUUGUAG